UUCGGUCGUGUUCUUUGGUCUUUUCUCCCAAGUUGUGUCACAACUUUUGAGUUUGGUUACUUGCGUCUUGGGCAAUGAUUUUGAAUCGCGUGAGAUAUUAUUCAACCAACUGUUUCCCAACCCCAAAACCUCAUCAUCUUCAACCACCCAAAACCCUCUCGGUCUCGGAGAACCCACCUUCCAUAGUUGAUAGGAUCAAGCAAUGUCGUACUCAAACAGAGCUAGAACAGAUAUGUGCUUCAAUGAUGAAGACCAAUACAAUCCAAGACUCCUUCUUUACCAACCAACUCAUCACCGCCUGUUCCUCUCUUUCCCGCCUAGACCACGCAGCUUUAGCCUUUUCCCACAUCCAAAACCCAAACGUCUUCGUCUACAACGCAAUGAUCAAAGCCUUUGUUCACUGCGGACACCCGUUUCAGGGUUUAGGCUGUUACGUCAAUAUGUUGCGGAACGGGGUCUUCCCUACCAGCUAUACGUUUCCGUCUUUGAUCAAGGCUUGUGCCUCGGUUUCUGUGAUGGGUUUUGGAGAAGCUGUACAUGGCUGUGUUUGGAAAAGUGGGUUUGAUUCACAUGUGUUUGUGCAGACUGCUUUGAUUGAUUUGUAUUCGAAGCUGGGACGAAUUGGUGAAGCGCAGAAGGUGUUCGAUGAAAUGCCUGAGAGAGAUGGUUUUGCUUGGACUACAAUGGUUUCUUCUCAUGCUCGUGUAGGGGAUAUGAGGUCGGCGAGGACAUUGUUUGAUGUGAUGAUGGAAAGGUGUAUAGCUAAUUCGGCUACUUGGAAUACUAUGAUCGACGGCUAUGCGAGACUUGGUGAUGUGGAGUCUGCAGAGUUGUUGUUUAAUCAAAUGCCAACCAGGGAUUUGAUCUCGUGGACAGCUAUGAUCAAUUGUUAUUCUCAGAACAGGAAAUUUGGAGAAGCAUUAGCAGUGUUUAAUGAUAUGAGGUUGAAUGGGGUCAGUCCUGAUGCGGUGACCAUGUCGACUGUUAUUUCGGCUUGUGCUCAUCUCGGAGCUCUAGACUUGGGGAAAGGGAUUCACUUUUAUGUAACGCAGAAUGGGUUUGAUCUUGAUGUUUAUAUUGGGUCUGCGUUGAUUGAUAUGUAUGCGAAAUGUGGCACAUUGGACAGGGCUCUUGUUGUUUUCUUUAACUUGACGGAUAAGAACUUGUUCUGUUGGAAUUCAGUGAUUGAAGGGCUUGCAGCUCAUGGAUAUGCCAAAAAAGCACUAGCAAUGUUUAGCAAGAUGGAGAGAGAGAAGAUCAAGCCAAAUGGGAUUACUUUUAUAAGUGUUUUAAGUGCCUGCACUCAUGCCGGGCUUGUUGAAGAAGGCCGUAGGAGAUUUUUAAGCAUGACCCAAGAUUAUUCCAUCUCUCCUGGAGUUGAACACUAUGGAUGCAUGGUGGAUCUAUUAAGCAGAGCUGGCUUGCUCGAAGAUGCGUUAGAGUUGAUAAGAAGCAUGAAACUAAAACCAAACUUUGUUAUCUGGGGUGCCUUGUUGGGUGGAUGUAAACUUCAUAGAAAUCUGGAGAUUGCUAAAGUUUCAGUCAAUGAAUUGAUGGUAUUGGAGCCAGAAAAUAGUGGGCAUUACAACCUUAUAGUUAACAUGUAUGCCGAAGUCAAUCGAUGGGGAGAAGUUGCAGACGUACGAGCAAUUAUGAAGCAACUGGGAGUAGAAAAAACAUCUCCUGGGUCCAGUUGGAUUGAAAUUGAAAGAAAAAUCCAUACGUUUUCAGCAUCUGACAAAUCUCAUGCAGCUUCUGGUGAAAUUUACUUGUUUCUUGCGGAAUUAUAUGGGCAGCUGAAGCUUGAUGUUUAUCUUCCUGAACUUGGCUCUGACUUGUAGAACUCCAGUAUUUAAGUGUGAAAUUGCCAUCCAGAUAGUAAUGACUGAUGGGUUGGAAAGUGAAGAAAGUAGUAUGCACGCAUGAAAGUCACUUAUUUGCAGUACUAAGAAACUAGGAGAAGGCUUCAGGUUGAAUGCUGAUCCUCAGAGCCAUACUAGAGACAUAAGUCUUGGCUACACCCCAUGAGAGAGCACAUGGUAAUUGGUUGAAUACAGUACAGUUGUAAUGCUUUAUGACACAAGUUUCAGAUGAAAUAUGGUUUGAGAAACAUAAGCAAGAAAUCCCAUGGGUGGGCUCAUCAUGAAUUAGGUCAGGGUGGCUGGUUGUGUUGACAUCCGGCAGAAAAUGCUUGUUUUAUGCCUUGGGGUAGUGGCCACAGCUCAUAUUCAUUUAGUAAUUCUACACCUUCAUUCUUGGACCUCACUUUACUAGACUACAUGCUAAUCCAUGCUUCGGGGAUUGGAUUGCAUGGCUCCAAUAUAGGACAUCUGGUUUUGACAAUUCAAAACCACCAGAUUUUCCACAGGACAGUCACUAGCAUGGCCUCAGUGCAGUCUGAAGUUAGGCAGUGCAGAGCUACCAUGUUGAACAUUAACUCUGUAAUACCUGGUAUAUUCUCCGUAGAGGGUGUCCCUGUAUAUUGGCGGAUUGAACUCAGAUAGAAGCUCCUUUAUAGGUCCAUAUGGCUUGACACGUUUGUCACUAUCCACGGGAACGAAGAAAGACACAACUGAUAUCUGUGGCUUGACAAGUGAGGAUGUAUUGAAGACAAAACAUGUAAGAACAGAGCUCAGUACCUGCAUAAGUCACCAAGAUUUGCUACAAAAGCUCCAUUCACUGGUGGCACAUCAACCCAUUGAUCUUUAUGGAAGACUUGGAGGCCCCCAAUCUCGUCUUGCAGAACUAAGGUAAGAAAUGAGGGGUCUGAAUGUUUGAUUGUUCCUAGAGUCAAAUCGGGCUCAGGGAAAGUUGGAUAAUAGUGGCAUGACAAUGAGAAAGAUUUCAAGCACCCCAUGUGUGCCUGGUGAUCUUUGCUAAGCCCCAAGGCUUUCUAAUAGUAAUUCGGGUAGCACUUUCUGAAGUUCUAUCAAGUUUUUGAUAUACUCACUCAUUUCACAUCUGCAA